UAAGUAUUAAUUGAAUGGCGGGAGUAUCACCUAUAGAAGACUUAACCAAAACUCUUCUCUCAAAGCUUGAUUUUAGCAUCAGCAAUAUCUAUUUCAAAUUCUUCAGUGUACAGCUCGAGCAGGAUACGAUCAGUAUUCCCAAUGUGAUUCAGAGAUAUGGAAGGCAGUGCAUUCAAAGCAGUAGCAUAGAGGAUCAUGAUGAAGAGCAGAACAAAAGAACGAUCCUUAGGUCCAAAUACAUCAUCAUCUUCAGAGAUAAAUACUUCAUCUCAAAUGCUAACAUAACUGGGAUCAUAGUUUACCUAAUUAAAAAGGAAAAUAGGAUGAUUAUGGGCCUUGAUGAUGGAACUGGCAUUACAAAUUGCAUCCUUUGGACCAACUAUUUCACUCCAGAAGAGAAGGACAACCUUUCAAAUUACUUCAGAGAAAAUAGCAUCGAAGUUGGCUCAAGUGUGAAUGUUCUAGGACAACUAGAAAGUUACAAUGGGCAAGUUCAGAUAAGUAUCAAGAAUAUCAAAAUCAUGGAUGAUUCUCAAAACGAUCUUCAUCAGUUCAAUUACAGUGCAGUUCAGGUUCAAAAGAGCAUGUUUGAUCCUUUCUCAAGACCAGAGCAAGAACCAUAUUUUAGAAAUCUGUCGUGCUUAAAAGAUAUCAAUAACAAGGAAGUAAUUCUUGAAGAGCUCAAGGUUAUCAACAAAGAUCACGAAGAUUUCAUUGUUAAAGAUCCAAAGACCACCAUGACAGAUUCUGAUAUUUCUCGUUGGAAAGAACAAGAAACUAAAUCUUUAAUGAAGAUAGCUGAGCUAGAUUCUGACCUUGUUGAUAUGAUUAUCCAAAAUAGGACUGAAGGACCUUUGACUGCUGAUUCGAUCAAAUAUGGUCAUCCAAGUAUCAUGGAUUCCUUGAAAGACACGUCAACCAUCUCUGACUACCUGUCUAAACAAAUCAUCAUCUACAGUGAGCCAGUCAUGAUUCAGAAGUUGACCAAUAUUCUUCUCUCAACAAUUCCUCAGAUUUUGAGUGAGAUUCCCAAGUCGCACGUUUACAAGAGCAAUAUAGGUGAGCAUCAAUACACAUGCUACCGCCUAAAGCUUCUUGCUGAUUUCAUUUCAAACCCUCUGAUUAAAAACACUAUCGAGGAGUUCCAAAGGGAAAAGCUAGAGCUUAGUUCGUACAAUUAUAAAGAAAUUGCGCUUAAAUGCAUUAAUGAAUUCCAAAAUGAAAAGUUUAUCCUUCGUGAAAAAGAGACAGAAAACAUAGAUCUCUCAAAGGAAGAAACUGUUAUUUUUGUAGAUAAGAGGCAAGAGUUCAAGAAUUACUUGUACGAAAUGAUACAAAAGACAGGUGACACAGGUAUUAAAGAGAUUGAGAUAUUCAACAAAGUCAGCUCAGAGUUCUCCAAGUUUUAUAACCAGGAGUACAUUAAGAAGGUGUUCUCUAUUCUGUAUGAAGAAGGAUUGACCAUGGAAAAUGAUAACAGAUACUAUGCCCAAAAUGCAUUCUAG